AUGCAAGUAGGCAAAUAUUCGAGGGACCGAGUCGAAGAACUAAGUGCAAAUAUCGAUCAAUUGAGCAAUUCUAUAAAAAAAGUAAAUUUUAAAGAUAAUUCAUAUAACAGAGAAAAUAGUUAUGACAGAAAUAUUUAUAGAGGCUUUAGAGAUAACUCACAAAAUAGAGAGGAGAGAAGCCGAAAUUACGAAAAGGAAUCAAACCGUUAUAGGAACAAUAGCCCGUAUCCGAAUAAAUCGAAUUAUGAAAACAGAGAACGAAGCACCGACCGAAACUACGAAAAACCUAAUAAACAUAAUUACUCUAGAGAUAAUAGUUACGACCGAAAUCAUAAUAGACAAAAUGACAGAUUCAGUAGAGUUCAGAACAGAGACAGAUCUUACUCCAGGGAUAGGAAUUACAAUGAAAGGGAAAUAAAAUAUGACAGAAAUUCUAAUAGAAGUAGAGAUAACAGCAGAUCUAGAUAUUAUAAUAGUGAUCAUACGAGGUAUGAACAGAAAGGAGCCAGCGAUAGAUCAAGGAGGGGUGACUACGAUGACGAGGGUAGAAAAAAUGAGUCCAAAAAACGAUAUAACAGAGAAAAUAGUCGAGAAAGAACGCCAGAACGUUAUAAUGGAUACCGUUACGAGAAAGAAUUUGAUAGAGUCACUUGUUACAAGUGUAAUGAAAGGGGACACUAUGCAGACCAAUGUACAAUUCAAAAAAACGAUUAA